GGGCUGCUUAGCAGGCUAGGUUGAGGUGACAGAGGGAUUGCAAAAACUUGUCUCUAACACUCAGUUGUCUUUGCUUCUCCUUUUAACUCUCAUUGUUUUUUUUGUUAAAAAUAGUGUAUAGAUUUUUAUUUUGCAAAUUUUAUUUUCCACUCGUAAUCAUCGGACAGGGAAUUUUGUUGUUACUGGGUAGGAAAUAGACGCACAAACUAUAUAUACAUUUUUUUAAAAAAAAACACCAUCAAUUUAUCUGGAGAGAAAUGGCAUUUUUUAAUAUUCAAACCUUGCUGGAAGCAGCCGAGUACAUCGAGAGAAGGGAGAGAGAGGCAGAACACGGCUACGCGUCAAUUUUGCCCUGCAACGUCGAAUUUAACAGGAAGAAAGGCAAAACGAGGAAAACCCCAAAUAACAGAUCCUCUCACAACGAGCUGGAAAAGCACAGGAGGGCAAAGCUGAGGUUAUACCUGGAGCAGCUGAAGGAGCUGGUACCACUUGGGCCUGACUGUUCGAGACACACCACUCUGAGCCUACUGAAACGAGCACGGACUCACAUCAAGAAGUUGGAGGAGCAGGACAAGAAGGCGCUCCACCAGAAGGAGCAGCUGCAGCGCGAGCGGCGGUACCUGAGGCGUCGGCUGGAACAGCUGGCUGUCCAGGGGAUGGAGCGACUCCGUACUGACAGCCUGGGCUCAGCUAUCUCCACUGACCGCUCCGAUUCUGAGCAAGAAGCCGAUGUUGACAUCGAAGGUAUGGAGUUUAUUCCUGGUGAGCUGGACAGUGUUGGCAGUGCCAGUGAUGUUGAUGACCACUACAGCUUCCGGAGCAGUUCAAGUGACAGCGGCUAUGCAGACUCUCACACAAUCGCACCAAGACCCUCAUAGUGACCACUUUGGUUACCAGCAGAGGACCACAUUGUCAACGCAGGGCACUUAUACAUAUAUAUAUCUAUAUCUAUAUAUAAAAAAAAGUUUUGUUUUCUCCUGGGAUGUUGACUGCCACUCUUUAACAGACACCCCAACCACAAGAGCACUUGCAUUUGCUGUUACCCUCCUGCAGUUCUUUGAGAACCUGGCUCAUCCAUUCCGACGAUUUGACUCUUGACACAAGGGUGUGAAGAAGUGCAGGGUGGUAUUGGCAAUAAGUGGCCGGGCAGGUGAAGGGCAAAGUUGGGGGGGGGGGGGGUGGGGGAAAAGCCAGCUCUAAUGAUUAGGCUUGAAAGUAGAGUAUUGCUGUACUCCUGUUUUUUUUUUAAAUUUGGUUUUUAUUCUGUCGCCCUGUUCCGAUCUGCCCGUGGUAAGAAUGAGGAGGGAGGUGGCGUGGCUAGCUUGACCCAAGUGAGUUUUGUUGGUGUUAUCCAGGGCUGGUUUUCCACUGUGCAGCUCUGUGAGGAGCGUUCACCUGUGUAUCUCCUAUCUCCUGUCAGCUGUCUACCUUCCUGAUGCAGAAUAUGUUUUGUUUUUAAAACAACUCGACAGUAUUCCUAUCAAGGCUAAGCACAGUGCAUUUAUUGUCUCCUUGUUAAUCAUCAAGACUUCGCGCGUUAAUACAGGGCUUUCAUUUUGAAAAAGAAACUGCAGCAAUAGGCGUAUCGAGCAAAAAGAAUUUGAGAAUUUUGCUUCUGCUUUCCGUGAUUAUACACCGGGCUCGUAGCAGUUUCGUUACCCGUGUCAUUUCGACUGCUUCUCCUGAAAUGUUAGUGAUACUAAAAGUCUUUGCUUUCCCUGUCUGCUUGGUUUUAGUCAUUAGAGCAUGGCUUCUAGACAAACUGAUCAAUCAUUUACAUAUACAUCACUCUCUCUAGAGAGAGAUGCCUUUCUCAUCUAGAGAAGGUUUUUAAAAAAAACUGAAAAAAAUUGCAAAAGUAAUAGUCAAGUAAUUUUAGCCAGUGUAGUCUCAAUUUCCUGUAUCAAAAUUUUGUAUUAUAUUUUCCUAAAUGUUAUCUAAACCAUGCUUGUCAGGGAGGGUGGGGGGGGGGCGGUGAGAUGGGACUAAAAUGGUACAGGACCUAGAUCAGAGUCUCAGACUUUCUGCCAUUGUCAUUCUGUGCCUUGGUAUUCCUCCGAGAGCCCUGUGGCUUUCCGAUUGCUGGCAUUUGCAUCUGUCCCUUGCGGAUACAAUGGUGAGAACUUCACGGCAGCUCUUGUCCUUGUUUGCACUCUCCGAAGCGGCUGCUUCCAAACUUGCCGCUAACUGGGUAGUUCUGAGGUUGCAGUUCACGUGACCUUUUCUGUGAUCAUGCUCCUUACUCCCACUCCCCCCCAACUUCACCCAAAACCCUGAUCUCCUGGUGGGGGCAGGUCAAAGGUUAGAACAUGGCAGCUGAAUUUUAAAAGAAACAAAAUCUUUUAAUAAAAGUAAGAGUUUAUUGAAUCCUAUUGUUAUUGCUGGUUCCUGUAAUGAAAGAAAAAUCGCUCUAAAUGCCUCAACAGGGAUGUAGCUCAGUGGUAUUCGAUUGACAGACUGCAGAAUUUCCAGCAAUUUUAUUUUGAAGGUGGUUUUAUUUCCUCUCUGGAUGCCAAUUUCUGAAUCAUGAAAGCAAUAGAAAUUUUACUUUAUCAUCAUUAAACACAUGUGACUGUUAAUAGGAUCAAAUUCCAAUGUGACAUGUACAGUCCGUCCGGUCCUUUCCUGAGCGACGGAAUGCUGUGAUCAAAUAAAAACAAAGGAAAGCUGUUUACUAAACGCAAAACUCUCGCACAGAACCACGGAGAAGGAGAUGAAAGGUGACUCUAAUAGGUAGCAAGUGUCACAGCUAUGCUGGUUGUGUGUGUGUGCGCGCGCGUGUGUUAGUCCCUCCUUUCUGGGCAUUUUCCUCUGGCAUCUUUAAAAAUACAAUCCUCGUCCCACAUCUGAGUGUGAGUAGCAGGAUUGGCUUUCCCAGUUUGACUGAUCUGCCUGGAGUUUGCUGUUUGUGCCUUUUUUAACAGUGGGCUCAACUCAGUCCUACAACUGAACAGGGGGGAAUUGGCUCAGCUUUGUCUAUUUGCUGUUGGAGGGGUUUGGGUUGGUGUGGAGAGGGGGGCAGCUGGUGAUGUGGGCUUAGUCAACAAGACUUCUAGAGUAGUGGCCUCUGAAUGGAAUGGUGCUGCCUUACUGAUUGGAGGGAAGACUUGCUCAGAGUGUACAUUCCUGGGUCACCAGUUAGGAGGUGUGCAAUAUUGAGUUGGGUUGACUUUAUUUUGUGAUGGUGUGUUUUUUUUUUCAAAUCUGUUUACUUGUAAGUUUCCUCCCUUGGUAAAGAUUCUGAUGUGAGGGUCCUCUUCCUUGAAGUUAAGUUUUAAGACAGCACCUGGAGUGACAUUGCCACCCUGUUGGCAGUACCGUUGGUGUGUUUAGGAGUCCAGAACCGGUUUUGUUUCUGGCGAGCCUGGUUACUGUUGAAGAUCUCCUUCGCCCAUUAAGCCCAAUGCUGGCCCUUUCCAGGGGCACGUGGGCAAACUAGUGGACGGUCUUUCAGUGGAAACUUUCAAAGCUGGCAUCACCUGACUUAGAAUAUGAAAGUGAUUUAAGUGAAUUUUUGAAAUAAGAGAUCAGUCUAAUCUAAUUGAGUGAUGGGAUGUGCUCAAUGGGUUAAAUGGCUUUCUAUUGCUUUGCUGCAGAGUUCUUUGGUGUGGGUACUGAACUUUAUUGUGGCUGAGGGUGUUUGGAGCAAAGGCUACCUUGGUUGGUGUGCUAACCAGUGUAUCCUUUGCUGUACUCUUGCUAUUUGAUCACUGUCUGGUAGCUGCAUUUCUGUUCAGUGCUCUGACUUGUAUGGUUUUGUGUGGGUGGGGUUGGGGCAUGAUAGGUAGAUAUUUCUCUGGGUGCUGAGUGUGUAAAACCCUGACUCUCUGAGGGAGUAGAUUAGGGUUGUGUCCUGUAUUUGGGGUUGGUGCGAUUUUGCUUUUGGCCUUGAGUGCUCUCUCCUCAUGUCAAAGACACGGGAGUAGGUGGUGAGUGCUUUACUCUGGGUAAGGGGUCCCAAUCCUGAUAGGCGUUUGACGCUGCUUUCACAUGGCUAUAAGACAGGUGGGAUUCAAAAACUGGAUUCUUGGAUCUGAGGUGCAGCAAUUCAUGUUGCAGGUUCAAGCCCGAUGCUGUGGAACAGGAUGUGAGUCAUUUCAUUUUAAAUGAGCCUUGUCUCUCUCUGCCCUAUCCCCGCAGCCAGUUAUUGCCUGAAUUUUGUUGGUGUCACUGUAGGUCAGCUAUCCAUAUGUAGUGGAGGACUGUUGUGGUGCGCAUUGAUUUGGAGGUGGAGGGUGUAUCCCAGAGCAUUGCUAAUGCCCUUAUUCCAGAGACAGUGGCCAGCUUGAACUGUUCUGUGUGAUCCCGGUGUUUCACAGCCAGUGAUUUUGGGGAGGGGGAGUUGUGGAUAAACUCACUUGUAACUUAGUUGUUGAAAGUUGACUGGCUCCAAACUGUUAAGUCUGGCAGAAGGUCCACGUUGGAACGUAGCUGAGAGUCCAAGUUUCCUGGCCAGCUCUGACACUGCUGACAUUCUCCAUCGACUCAGCUGCCCAAAACUAAACUCCUCUUCCAUCAGCUUCGCAGCUGGGCUCAUGUAAGCUAAACUAGUGGGAGUUUAAAAACACCGCUUCUCCCCCCCCCCCCCCCCCCCCCCCCCCCCCACCACCACCACCACCACACCCCAGCGUGUGCCUGUCUACUGAUGGUAAUUGUGCACAGUUGCAAGAUGCUGUUGCCUUGGACCUAGAUUUUUGUUGACACCAGUUUGAACAAAGUGACCCACUGCAGUUAGACGCUGGGCUUUAUUUCCUCAAGUAAUAGGAAACUUUAGCAUAAAAUGUAUUUUUAUCUUUGGUAGGGGAGGGGUGGGUGGGUGGCAAAGUGGAAUUGGGAAGUCAAUGUAGACUUUAAGGUCUCCAAUAGACCAAAACUGAAUUCCCUCAAAUUUGUAAGAUUUGAUUGUUGCAAAGCAUUAGAUAAUGAGCCUUGUAUUGUUUUCUUCAGUAUAAUGUUGGCCUACUCUGAUAAUUGAGCCCAUUCAUAGUUACCAGGCCUUCCAGGAAGGGGAACAUCAUUGCAGUAUUAAACCUCUUACUGUUCCACAAUCACUGGCUUUACAUUUUUCAAUGUCUUUUAAAAAGAGCUUUAUUUUUUAGAAUGUGGGGAAGAUCUGUUUUCCUUCUGCCGCCACAUGGAAGUGUCUUGCUUUUUGUGAAUUGUUGGAAUUGAGAGAAGUUAACUCUCUCUCUACUUCCUUUCAAAGCUCCCAGGGCACUUGCUGGUGGUUGGUUGGAAGUUUGAGCAACUGCAGUUUCUGUUGACCAGAUUAACUUUAUUCUUUUGGGUGUGUGGAUGAGAUGGUGUUGGUUAGGGAGGAGGGCUUGUGAACGGCUUAAGGUACACUGGAUGGGUUCUGUGCCAGAGACUUGUGAAUAUGUACUGUUGAGGAGCUCCCUUCAGUAGAGAAUGCUUUAUAUAGCUCCUAAGAUGUAUAAUAUAAAUUCGCACAUACAUGGUGCUGGCUACCCACCUGUAGCACACUGAAGGUAAUGUGUUGUAUCAUUCUUUCAUUGUAAUAUAAUAAAACAUUUUUUUACAUCA